AUGAAUACCAAAGAAGUUUGUAAAAUUGCAAUUAUAAAACCUACAAUUGAAAAUGUGGUACCGUUCAACGUUUAUAAAAAGACGCAGCCUCGACAGUUAGAUAAUUCUAGUAAUUUAGGUAUGACCACUCCAUAUCACAGCAACAGUAAUAACCUAAACACUAUCUCAAUACCGUUAGAUCAAUGUAUUCUGUUAGGUGGAGGAAGAAAUUUCAUAUUAAGUUUAUUAAACAGUUCAACAUAUCCCACCGAGAAACUAGAAUCGGUUGAUUUGUUUAUAUUAAAUACAUGUGUGGUAUUAUGGUUCGAUGUUUUAGGUCAUGGUCUUGAAAUACCCUACACUUCGAUAGUGUACCAUGCUAUAGAAAGAAACCAUAAUCAUAACAUACCGCCAACCUAUGAUGAUGGCCACUCACUAGCAUUAAUAAUAACUGUGAUAAAAGACGCUGUAUUGGAUCAGUUUUUUCCAAGUGAACAAAGACAUGAAUCCAAUGUAAUAAUAGAUUCGGUAGAAUUAGUAUUAUAUCCAAAGUAUUCAACAUAUGAAAGACACUAUAACAAUCAAGUAGAAACUUUAUUUACGUUUACUAAUUUUGGUAUGAACAGAGGUGAUGAAAUGAUCAGUAAUUGUAAUAAUGCACUUGCUAUGGGAAUGGAAUUACACACGGAUUCGUUUGAAAAUGACGAUAAGACAGGAAACACCCAUUUGCAAGAUAUUUUUAAUCAAAAUGAUGAAAGUGCUGGAGCACAUGCCUCAUUUGUUGGUAUAAGCAGUUUUCUACAGAAUGUCACAUACAAAAACUCAGGAUCUGCCGAUGAUUUGGAUAACGAUGAAGUUUUUUUAGAUCAAAUUGUCAAUAAAAAUCCAAGUGAAGCUGGAAUGUCAUUACAAUUCCAAUUGAAUGACAAAUCAGCUGGAAAAAGGAAUUUUAACUCUGAAUAA